CUCAAAUCUUCUUCGCUCUUUCUCUGUUUCUUACUCUCAUCCACCAUGGUUGCUCCUGUCGCUACUGCUCUUGAACGUGCGUACAGUGUUAACAACAUCAAAAAUCAUAUCCCCAUCAUUCUAGAUAUUGAUGAUCACAACUAUGACGCCUGGAGAGAGCUCUUCCUCACUCACUGCCAAAGUUUCGACAUUGCUGGUCACCUUGACGGCACACUUCUUCCAACGGAUGAUAACGAUCAACAGUGGUCUAAACGUGACGGGUUGGUCAAACUGUGGCUCUACGGGACUCUCUCGAAGAAUCUCUUCAAAAGUACUUUCAAAACUGGAGGUACUUCUCGGGAAAUCUGGACUCGCAUCGAGAACUUCUUCAGGGACAACAAAGAGGCCCGUGCUAUUCAGCUCGAUCACGAUCUGCGUACCAAGGUCAUUGGAGACCAGAUGAUCCAUGCCUAUUCUCAAGAUCUCAAGUCCACAGCUGAUCUGCUUGCUAACGUUGAUGCACCAGUUUCAGAAAGAACUCUUGUCACCUACAUGAUCAAUGGCUUGAGCGACAAGUUUGACAACAUCAUCAAUGUGAUCAUGCAUCGUCAACCUUUCCCUACCUUUGAACAAGCUCGUUCGAUGCUCAUCCUUGAAGAAGAAAGGCUUAACAAGGGAAAGAAAUCCUCUGUUGUCAAGGACUUCGCCUCAUCUGACAAGGUCCUCAACGUCUCGUCUUCGACUCCGACUCAGCGAUCUGAUCAUCAACCUCAACCACAGCAGCGAUUCUUCAAUAACAGAGGUUCCAAACGCAACAACUACAGAGGUCGUGGACGACACAACAACAAUCAACAACGACCAAUGUACAACCAAUGGGGCGUUCCCUUCUGGCCUGCUGGAUAUCAGAUGUGGAAUAAUCAACAACCAGGACAAUGGAUACCGCAGCAACAAUUCAACAAUCAAGGCAUUCUUGGUCCUCGUCCUGCUAUCAACCAACAGAUGCUUCAGGCUCAGCCGCAAGGUCAUAACAAUCAUCUCGUCGCUGCAGUUCCGACUACAGACUUUGCCUCUGCAUCCAACACCAUGACGUUAAUGGAGCCAUCUGAUCAUCAGUGGUAUAUGGACUCUGGCGCCACUGCUCACUUAGCAAACAACCCAGGAUCUUCAAACUCGUCGGACGAUUCUCCACAGUGA